AUGUCGCUAUGUGAUAACUGUCGCGCCUUCGAUAUCCAGGCUUUCAAGUCGGACGGCACACGAGAAUACCGUGGCCGCGGUAUUCCCUGCCACGCGGCGGUGCUGGGCGCCAACGCAGGCUGCAACUUUUGCAUUUUGCUCGUUGAUGCGUUUCUUGACGAAUAUGAGAGCAUGGCGUCGAAGCCACUCAACUCGUGGUUUGAUUUGAGGGCAGUCGGGAAAGCCUUGGGGGACGACUGUGCUGAGGGCAUGGGGCUUGAAGGCUUUGAUAUCGCGCUUGUUGAUUUCCCGCUGGAAAUUAACGGCGUGACCGACUACUUGGGGCAAAGAAGACUUUACUUCCAUGUCGCUGCGGAUCCAGGUUCUGCCGCCCAAACUAGUGGGGAUGUGAUUGGGCCCAUUCCCCAAGACGACCCGCUCAGCGAAGCAUCGUUGGAGUAUCUGCGAUCUUGGCUCAACAGGUGCACCGAGACUCACAAAGCGUGCGCCCGUUCGAUCUCCGGCGCCAUCCUCAACAGCCGCGACGCCCCGUUGCCGACGCGAUGCCUGUUGAUCGAUGGCGUGGAUCAGUCUGGGGACCUUCGGUACCGGCUUGAGGAAACGCUCGGAAAAACUGGGUGUUAUCUGACCUUGAGCCACAGGUGGAAUGAUGACACGGAGACUUCCAAAACGACGUGGAAAAACUACGCUCGCCGCAAAGAGGGCAAAGAUUUGAACCUGCCGCCGCUGUUUAGGGACACUAUCCUCCUGGCGCAUAAACUCGGCAUUCCCUACGUUUGGAUUGACUCGGUCUGCAUCGUACAGGACGGUGAUGACUGGGUGACGGAAUCCCUCAAGAUGGCCGACUAUUACCAGAAUUCUCUUCUUACCGUCGCUGCCGCCCUGGAAGACAGCUCACAGCACGGUUUGGCUCUUUCCAAGCUACCUAGCGAAAGGAUGCCACAGCUGGCCCGGCUACCCUACCGUGAAAAGAGCGGCCGCCAGCGCGGUUACAUGUACGUCUACAAGUCGUCUACGGCAGUGCCGGAAUCCUACAAGCAGCUGCUCACCAGCUCCGACCUGCUCACGCGAGGAUGGGUUUUCCAAGAGUGGUCGUUGAGCCGGCGGAUAGCGUGCUUUGCAUCCCAUACUUCGGGCUACCGCUUGUUCGUGCACUGCCAGUCCGAGAUGCCCCGGAAUGAGUGUGGGGAUUCCGUCGCAAGCCGGAGGAACGAUCUAAACUGGGGCCAGACGCUCGCAUUUGCGGCCAACUCCCCGCUUGUCCCUUGGCUUCAGUGGCAGAUGGCCGUGGAGCGGUUUUCCGCCGCGGCUCUCACCAAGCCUGACAAGGACCGCACCAUUGCGCUGGCGGGCGUGGCGAAGGAGUGUCGAGAGGUGAUUCGGAUUCUCGCUCAAGGCGGAGCAUACGCCAACGAGCGUGCGGACGUCACCCCGACCAGGCGACUUAGUCCCGACGACCACUUUGUCCAUGCCUAUGUGGCGGGACUUUGGGUGAGGAACCUUCAUAGCGAUCUUUUGUGGAGGCAGAGCUGUGAUCGGUCUACGGUGCGUUCGAGGAUAGUGGGGUUUCCGACGUGGUCCUGGGCUUCCAUCCUUGUGCCCGUGAUUUGGGCUCUGGACGAUGAUAAACGAUCUCUACAAUCCAGCAAGUUCAUGGGAAUAACCACCGAAGACGGAACCUAUCAUGAUGUCAACUUGUGCGAGAGCAUGGAAGCCGACAAAGUCUCGGGGCUUGAGCCUCAUCCGUCGCGUGCUUUUGAUGUCGACUGCAUGCACGGCAUCCUUCACUUCAGUGGAAAGCUCGUCCCCGUGGGUAUCUUGGGGGAGGUCACCAGGGAUGAGUGGAAGCAAAGAUUCAACGCUAAACUUCCGGGGCUGAAUGUUUCAGUAUUUUCCGACUGGAGAAAUCUUUUCAAGAUGCAGCUGCCGUCGCACAGUCCGGUCAUUUGCGGCUGGGGGUCCCUGGAGCACCCCGAGUUCCAGGAAUAUGGGUCGGACUCCUCGGAUGACGACACAAGGACCAUAUACGCCUUUCCUUUGACUCAAGGAGAAACGUCCUCUUCAGACCUCGGCAUGACUUUCGACGUUUUCUGGAGUGUCUUAUACUUGAGAAAGGUGAGGGACCAGUUUGAGAGGGUGGGCAUGGGCUGCAUCUUUGGGCCAGACGUUGUCAGGGCGCUCAAGGCGGCAGAAGAACGAAGCAUCGUGCUUUGUUGA